AGUGAAACUAGUGAGAGUUUGUCUUUUCAACUCUCUCUCUCCACAAAAUGGCAGCUCAGAUGCUUUCUCUCCAACUUUACACUCCAAUUCUUUCUCAAUCCGAUUCUCCAUCGUUGCAAUUGCCCGUUUACAGAUUCAGGCCACAAGGUUUUCACUGUUCAUGGCUUGGAAUUGACAAUUUCUCAUUGCGUUGUUCUAGUUUAAGGGUUACGCCUCUAUCAUCCAGACAUCAUCCCAUUUCCGCCACAGUAACGCUUAGUCUUCCUACUGGAAAUUCUGAGAGGGUUUCAUCUAAAGACGAGUUACCCAAAUGGUCUUCGAAAGCUAUAAAGUCUUUUGCAAUGGGUGAACUUGAGGCAAGAAAACUCAAGUAUUCAACUACAGGGACAGAAGCUCUACUUAUGGGAAUCUUGAUUGAGGGGACUAAUGUGGCUGCUAAAUUUUUGAGGGCAAACGGAAUAACAUUUCUUAAAGUGCGUGACGAAGCAAGCACUCUACUUGCGAAGGCCGACAUGUAUUAUUUCAGUCCAGAACAUCCACCUUUGACGGAAGAUGCUCAAAGAGCUCUUGAUUGGGCUGUUGAUGAAAAGCUCAAAUCUGAUGAAAACGGAGAAAUCACGACUGCACACCUACUUCUAGGAGUGUGGUCUCAAGAGGAAUCAUCUCCUGGUCAUAAGAUAAUGGCAUCCCUCGGCUUCACCGACGAGAAAGCUAAAGAGCUUAAAUCCUUAAUUUCUGAAACCAAAUUUAUUUAUGAUUAACAACUCUUUCAAUAGAAUCUAGGGAUUGUGGCCGAAAUUCUGUGUAAAAUUUCAUUCUGGCUAAAAUGUAUGGAAUUGUUUGAGUAAAAAAGAGGUUUAGAUUGAAGA